CUGAAACCAUUAAAUUAAAUAUUUCUGAAAUUUUUAUAUUCGGGCGUUAUGUCGCACUAUGCGGCGUAUUGAGUCGAUAUUUCAAAAAAGUUUAAUCUAGCGAAUUAAUUCGCUAGAUUAAACUUAACUGAAAAUAAAUAUCACCACUCAACUCAGCAUGGUCGAUUACCUAUAUUUCGAGGUUUUUCCGAGUGAUCCAAGGUGGCCGAAAUCGCGGCUCUCAGGAAACUAUUUAUAUUUCCUGAACAGCACAAGCUAAAGAGCUGGGCCUUGUGUACAUCAAUAGAGAACAAUUUUCUCUAUCGAAUGGGUGUAUUAGAAUUUCAAAUCCAAUGGGGAAUCUUUUCUCCAGGCAGUGUCCAAUAUGUCAAGCGAAAACUCACCUGAUUGUCAAUUGUUGACCAACCAGCUUUCGAUAUUUCUUAAUAAAGAAUAUUAUUCUCUUUCAAAUGUUGAAAACUGCAGGUCUCUAGCUGCUUCCUAUCCGGAGUUAUUCAACUUACAACCGACUCCAUUGUCCAUUGAAAUGGACAGUAGUAACUUUUUUUUCAGCUGUAGGGAAGAUAUCAGCUUAUUGAAAGUGACACUUGUCGUCUCUCUAUAUCGAUAACGGUAGUCACAAGGCCAGGUAUUCUUCCUUCGUUUUUUCAAUCUACAGUUACAAAGAAUAAUGCAACUUGAUGGAAUGAAAUGUAAGCGCAGUUCACUUAUUAAUUUUUCCAAUGAUUAAUUGAUUAUAGUUCAAUAGUACUUUAUGACGAAGUUUAAUUUUUAUGUUUGUAGGAUGCCGUUUGUUACAAUCCACCAAAUUUGAUUUGCACCACUGAUGAUUGUAGGCCAUGCAGCACAGUCUGGAUUAAUGAAAACAAAACAGAAGUGAAAUGCACAAAUGAAACAAUCGUUAUACCAACAAAACUAACGACCACUGACCCAUGUCCAACUCGAACAUAUUGUAUCAUAAGUCCAUGUCUGGUACUUCAUUGUUAA